AUGAGAAGCAGCUCCUGCAUCGCCCAUAAUACCACGAUCCUCGCCGAAUGCACCACUUCUGCCUCGUCGCAAACCUCGUCGCUGGCGUCACUCAUCCUACCGAAAAUCGAGCAUGCGACACCUCAAAAGCUGACGUACACACACGGGCAGCACCAGAUCCACUACGUCGCCGAGUCGCCGCAGGGUCACUCCUCCCACCCGGCGGCCGGCGCCGGGGGCCUCACGUUUCUGGUCAUUGCCGAUGCCUCCCUGGGCCGGCGCGUGCCGUUCAAUUUCCUGCUCGAAAUCCGCAACCGUUUUUUCGCCCGGUUUCCGGAGGAGAGUAGCGAUUUCGCCGACAUGCCCAACUACGGCGCCGGCUCCUUCAACGGUGAACUAAAGAACCUCAUGAUCGAGUAUGGUACGACAAACGGCGUACACGACGACGCCAUCGGCACGGCCAGGCGCGAGAUUGACGAUGUCCGGGGCAUCAUGACACGCAACAUCGACAGUCUACUGGAGCGCGGCGAGAGGGUUGACCUUCUCGUCGACAAGACGGACCGUUUGGGUGGCAGCUCGAGCGAGUUUCGGGUCCGGAGCCGGGGGCUGAAGCGGCAACUGUGGUGGCAAAAUGUGAAGCUCAUGGCGCUGGUGGCAUUUGUCAUCUUCCUCAUCGUCAUGGUGCUUGUCAUUGCCAUAAAAAAUUCGACGAAUUAG